AUGUCAGAAAGUUAAAUUGAAUUUUUAUAAAGGUAAGUAAUCAACUUAAAUAAAGAAAAUCAUCUGUUAAAGGAAGAUAUCUUGGCAUUCCAUCAUUUUUUGAAUAAUAGAGUAAAGGAAUUGAAAUCAUACCUUAGAGAUGUUCCCAAUAGAUAUCUUAAUAUGGAAUUGUGUGAUAUUACACAAGCUUUAUAAUUUGUCAAGGAGGAUGCUGAAUACUAUUAAUUGAACAUAAAUGCUCUCCAGCAUGAAAUUAAACAACUGAAGAAUUAAUGUGCUGAAUUAAAAUAACUAUUGCUUGAAUAGAAAGAUAAAUAUUAACAGCAAUAAUAAAAUAUUGAAACUAACUUAACAGAACAAUAUUCUAAAGCUUUAAAGGAACUUUAGGAGAAUUUAACACUAGCCACUUCAAAUUGCUAAAUAUAUAGAAAUUCAAUGAAUCUUCUAGCUUAAGAGAAAACAACACAAGAAUAGUAAAUUAAAAGUCUCUCAAAUGAAAUUUAAAAACUCAAAAAGUAACAUGAUGGCGAAAAAAAUGAAUUAUAAAUGAUUAUAGCCAGAGGAAAAUCUUAAUUGUCUGAAUUGGAAAAGGCAUAUACAAUCCGAUUACAUAAAGUUUAAUAAUCAAAUUUCGAGGAAUACUAAACCAAAUUAAAGAAUUAGGCUAAGGAUAUAAAUGAAAAAGAUUAAAUGCGAGCAGAAUUAGAGAAGAAGAUUUCUUCUUAUGAGAAAUUUAACCAACAAUUGCAAUAAGAUUACGAAACAAUCCUUAAUUAAUAGACAGAAUUGUAAGAAAUAAUUAAAAAGUAACUAGGUGAGGUUUAAGUUCAAUCCUAAUUAAAUUAUUAACUUCAAGAUAAUUCAAAAUAACAAGAAUCAAUCAUUUCUGAUUUAAAAUUAUCUAUUGCCUCAUUGAAAGAUGAGAUGUAAAUGACUUAAUAGGUACUUUAACAAAAGAUUAAAGAUAUCGAAUUGUAAAAGGAAAUCUAAAAUUAAAUAUUACUAGAGUUAAGUAACAUAGGCACAAUAAAAAUUGGAAUUAUGAAAUAAUCAUCUGCAAAAUCCUAAAUUUUGGAAAUGAUUAAAUUGAUAAAAUAAGAAAGUUAAGAAAAUUAGUUAGAAAGGAAGAAACUUAAUGAUCAGGUCAUUAAAUUGCAAGACAAUAAGUUAUAGCUAUAGGAAGAAUAAUCGUAACUAAUAUUUUAAAAUGAAAUAUUUUAAUAAAAAAUUUCGUAAUUAUAAGAUCAAAUUGUUGGUCAAUAGGAAUUUGAAAUUAAAUAUAGAAAACUUGUAAAUGAGAUAGUUUAUUUAGCUUAAACAGACCCAAAGAUAAUUAAAUCUAUUCAAAAACAAAUUUCAAUUGACUUUUAUAAAGAAUAUACAAAUCUCAAUAAAAUAACAGAAAAUGAUCAAAAUAGACCUUUAUUUUUGUUAGCUAAUUAGUUAGAAUCAAUUGAUGUUGAAUCAGAUUCAAAGCCAAAUAAAGGUUAGGAAGAUAAACUAUAGCAAGAUAGGUUAAAUAGUUAGAUGGAUGAAAUUAAAAGUCUGAAGUAAUUUGACCUGCACGAAUCAGAUCAAAACUUAUCUUUUCAAUGGAAGAACUCAAUUAGAAUGACAUUAACUCCUAGUUUAUAUAAUGUAAAAUAGGAGGAUUAAACACAAGUAAUUGAAGAAUUUCGGGCUGAUGCUCAAACUUAAACAGAUAGAAAGAAGUAUAUGUCAAAAUUUCUACCUCAUGAUAACCUUGAUGAAAUAGUUGAGGAAAUAAAAUAAGGAUAUUUAGGUUAUAUAGAUACAAGUGAUAUUCAUACUCAAACGGAUUACUCUAUAGAAAAUAAAUCAACUUAAACUGCAUAAAAGAAAAGGUCGAGUACAAAUGAAAGCAAAGACCAGAAAUAAUAAAUAAAUUCAUAAUAGUAAACUAAAAAUAUUGAUUCUAAUCUUACUAAAUAAUUUGAGGUACAAUAAUCUAAGAUACUAUCAUUAAAUAAAAUAAUUAGUGAUUUAGAACUCUAAUUAAAAGAAUCCUUGUUUUUGAACGACAAAUAUAGUGAAGAUUUUGAGUUGAAAUCUAGAGAAUUACAACGGUUAAAGGAAUUAAGUAAAAAUUAACUCCAAGAUUAAAUGGUAGAUUAUGAAAAUAAAUUGGAAACCUAGUCUAAUAAUUUGAGACUUUUAAAAAAAUUUAAGACCAAAAGAUUUAAAAGCAAGAGAAACUAAUACAUGAAUAAGAAGUUGAAAUAUAAAAUUCAAAAAAUUAAAUAAAGGAAUUAAAUGCUUAAUUUUAAGAAGGAAACUAAAGAAAAUUUGAAUUAACUUAAACACUAUUAAAAUUAGAGGAAUAAUUUAAAAUAAAUACAGAAUAACUUACAGAAUAAAUCAAUGAUUUACAAAAUUAAUUUAAUAAUCGGCCCAGCAGACAAGAUGAUUUGGAUAUAAUCAAAUAACUUGAAAAAGAAACACGAAGAUUUAAAGGAAUAAAUAUAAAAUAACUUUGCAAAAAUAGAAUAUGCUAAUGAAAUAGUGAAAUAUCUAUAAAUAGAAGUAGAAAAUUACAAAAAGUAGUAUAAUUUAUUUUCAAAUCAUAAACCAAGUAAUAUUCCAAAAAAAAGAAUUUUAUUUGAUUCAACCUUGGAAGAUGAAAAAUCUAUUGUUUUCGAUAGCAAAUAAGAUUUCUUGCCCACCGUCACAAAUCGAGAUUAGUUCAACUCAACUGAAAAAAACAGAUCGCAAAGGGGAAAAAGCUAUCGUUUAUCUGAUUUUGAAAUUAAACAACAUACUACCAAGCACUUUUUUAAAAAUGCUCAAUAGACAAAAAAUAACUUAAAUAAAACCUAAUUAGUUUAAAGACCUAACUCACCUUCGAUUAGUAGAAAUACUAAAUAUUUGUCAACAAUGUAAAAAAAGUUUAAUAAUCCUUUUGAGAAUGAUUGUAUUUUGCAUAAUGCUGAAAUUUUGGUUGAGAAUAUUAAAGGUAAUACACCAAAAACAAAAUACGCUCAAAAAUCAAAUGAUUAGUUUUUUUUAAAAGGAUAAUUAAUGUAAGUUGAGUUAAAUUCUACUACAAAUUCUAAUAAAAAAUUUGAUUUAUAUCAAUAAAAAUCAUGA